GGUUGCUAGGUGACGCCUACCAUGUCGGAGGCGCCCGUCAUGGCGGCGGAAGAGGAGGCGUCGGUAGUGGCGGCGCUGGCGGAGCUGCAGGCCCUGCUGGCCCCGGCGGCGGGCGCGGCGGCGCGGGAGGGCGCAGCGGCGGCGGCGCGGGCGCUGUCGGGCAGCGCGGCGGGGCAGCGGCUGCUGGCGGGGCGGCCCGCGGCCCUGGCGGCCCUGCUGGAGCUGGCGGUGGGACCCGGCUCGGCGGCGGCUCGCCACGCCAUGGACUGCCUGGUAAACGUCUCGGCCGAGCCGGCGGCCCGCGAGCCGCUGCUGGCCGCCCUGCCCGCGCUGCUGGCGCUGCUGCCGGCCGGGCCCGCCUGCGGGCUGCUGGCCAACCUCUGCCGGGAGCGCGGCGCGGCGCGGCGGGUGCUGGGCGGCCUGCGGGAGCGGGGCCUCGGCCUGGCGCCGCUCCUCCAGCCGCUCGGUGAGCCCCGGCCGCCGGCCCAGCUCGGUCCGCUGCUCUGCAACCUCAGCCGGCUGCCCGAGGGCCGCCGCGGGCUCCUCGACCGCUCCCGGCGCUCGGUGCAGCGGCUGCUGCCCUUCACGCAGUACAAGGACUCCGUUAUCCAUCGCCGGGGCAUCGUGGGGGCCCUCAGGAACUGCUGCUUCGAGGCCGAGGACCACGAGUGGCUGCUGAGUGAGGAGGUCGACAUUCUGCCCUUUCUCCUCCUGCCUCUGGCAGGCCCCGAGGAGUUUCCUGAGGAUGAGAUGGAAAGGCUACCUGUGGACUUGCAGUACCUGCCGCAGGACAAGCAGCGAGAGGAGGAACCUGACAUCCGGAAGAUGCUGCUAGAAGCCAUCAUGCUGUUGACAGCCACCAAGGCUGGGCGGCACAUCGUGCGGGAGAAGGGGACGUACCUGAUCCUGAGGGAGCUGCACCGCUGGGAGCAGGAGCCAGACGUGCUGGCUGCCUGCGAGAAGCUCAUUCAGGUGCUGAUCGGGGACGAGCCCGGCCCGGGGAUGGAGAACCUGCUAGAAGUGGACAUCCCUGAGGAGGUGGAGCAGCAGCUGCAGUGCCUGGAUCGGGAGGAGGAGGAGCGGCGGCGGGAGCAGGAGGAGCGGCGGCAGGAGGCGCAGGGCUCGAUGCCAUGCUCUGAGGAGCCAUCACGGUGACGGGCUGCCGUGGCCGGGUCACCCGCGGACCCUGGUCACUGUUGGGACAAUCUGCCCAUGAGGGUGACAGCCUGGACACGUUCCUCCCUGCUGCUUGUGAAGCAGACGUGGGGGUCCUGCAGGGCAGGGUUCCCCCUGGCCUCGCGCGGCUCUGGGACAGAGCUGAAAUGCGGGGGGAAGGGGGGGAAGGAAUUGGGGAAAGGGCUGCUGCUCCCUCCCCAGUCGUUGUGGGGCGGCCCCACUGCUGCGAUGUGCCUUGUGAAAUAAAAGGUUUCCAAGCCUAAA